AUGGCGGACUCUUCUUCUUCCUCUGCAACCCUCGAUUCAAAUCCUCAAGCUGCCGAGCCCGAAAACCCCAAUCCACAGGGCAAGAAGCCUGAAUCUGCCGCUUCUUCUUUUCCUCCUACGCAAUCGUUACCACCAGCAACGAUUUCUGUUGGAAUAAACCCUACCUUGCAUUCACCGUUGGUGUCCACGCCGCAACCGCCUCCUUCUUUAUCGUAUGGCCCGCCGCCCGGUACUGUGGCUGUUCCUCCGACGGCUCCGUCUUUUCGGCCGGUGCCUCUCGGAGUUCAUCAGUUCUCGCCUAUGCCUGGCACUGGCAUGCUGAACCCAAGCUAUCCAAACCCUGGGGUUCAGCCUCCCGGUGUUAGUUCGGUUCCGGCGCCUGCUCCUGGUAUGGCAAGUGGCGUUACGGGAGCUGUUCCAGUUCCAGCGCCUCAACAGAUGAUGGCUUAUCAAGUUCCACCGGGUCAGGUUCCAAAUCCGGCGAUGAGGCCGUACGCCACUAUGCCUAAUGGUUUCGCAGCUGCUACUCCUCAAGGAGCAUUUCUUCCCCCUGGAGUUCCUCGUUUUGCUUCUCCAUUUCCUGGUAUGAUUCGGACACCUUUUCCUCCACGCCCACCUGGUGCUAUGGGCAUGAUGCCAGGAAUGCCACGGCCUCCUGUUCCAGGGAUUCCUGGUGUUCGUCCAAUCAUCCCUCCUGUGGUUAGACCUGCUAUUCUCCCAAGUGUCACACCUGCUGAAAAACCACAAACUACAAUUUAUAUUGGCCGAAUUGCUCAAUCAGUGGAAAAUGAUUUCAUGCUGUCCCUUCUUCAGCUAUGUGGACCAGUGAAGAGUUGGAAACGGGCCCAAGAUCCUUCAGAUGGAACUCCUAGAACCUUUGGAUUCUGUGAGUUUGAGUCUGCUGAAGGUGUUCUUCGUGCACUACGAUUACUGACGAAGUUAAACAUUGAUGGACAAGAGCUAGUGCUAAAAGGUACUCAAGCAACAAGAGAUUAUCUGAAGCGAUAUGUUGAAAAGAAAGCAGAGAAUUCAAAAAAACUGAAAGAAACACAAGUUUCAGAGACUAAGGAAGAUGAAGCUGAUAUAGCGAAUGUGGCAAAAAAUGAAACUUCAAAGCCCCCUGCAGAGGAUUCAAAAGAGGACCGUGAUUCAGGGGAAAAGGAAGAUCAUGACAUUGCCUGUUCUGCAGUUUUAAGUGAUGAAGAUAGAGAGGCUGAUCGAGAGGCAUCAGAAAAGCUUACAAAUUCUCUGGAGGAGAGGUUGAAGUCUAGACCUCUGCCACCACCUCCUCUACUGACAACUGCUGAUGUUUCUGGAAAUUCAAGUGCAGAGCCAUCUGCUAAACUGAAAGAUGGUGAAUAUGACGUUGAUAUUUUGAAAAGUGAUGUAGCUGAUGAUAGAAAUGAUGACGAUUCAACUAGCGACAAUAAACAAACUAGUGAGCAGUACGACAAGCCUGAAACAAGCUCACCUGAUAGAAGUAGAAGGUAUGACAGGAGAAGUCGAGAAAGAGACAGGGAGCGAGAUUUAAAAAGGGACAAGGAGCGGGAAAUUGAGAGAUAUGAAAGGGAGACAGAGCGGGAACGAGCUAGGAAAGACAGGGAACAAAGAAGAAAGAUUGAGGAGAUUGAGCGACAGUAUGAAGAAUGUCUUAAAGAGUGGGAAUAUCGAGAAAGAGAGAGAGAAAAGCAGAGGCAGUAUGAGAAGGAGAGAGAGAAAGAGAAAGAGCGUAAAAGGAAGAAAGAGAUUAUGUAUGAUGAAGAUGAUGAGGAUGAUGAUUCAAGAAGAAAAUGGCGCAGAGGUGCUCUGGAGGAAAAGAGGAAGAAGAGGUCUAGAGAAAAGGAAGAUGAUUCAGUUGAUAGACAGAGAGAGGAAGAAGAAAUUGCCGAGGCCAAAAGAAAGGCCGAGGAGGAACAGCUGCAAAAACAGAGAGAUCCACCCAAACUUCUACCUGGUCAGAUGAUGAAUAUCGACGAGAAAAUUGUUCUUCCUGAAGAACCUGCUAACGAGAUUAAAUUUUUGACUUCAGAACAUGAUUCUGAGCUUGACUCGGGCCGUGAGAACCAUAUAGGGGACGGGUUUUUACAAAAUGGUAGUGGUGAUGAAUUAAAUAUAAUACCAUCAGAGACCCGUCAGAGUGAAGGCUUGCCUGCAAAAAGGUUAGGAUUUGGUAUAGUAGGUUCUGGAAAACGGACUACUGUACCUUCAGUUUUUCACGAGGAGGAUGAUGAAGCACAGAAAGAGAAGAAAAUGAGGCCACUGGUUCCAAUUGAUUACUCAGCUGAGGAACUCCAAGCUGUGCAGCCUUCUAGUACUGGGGCUCUGCCACCAAAUUUAGCUGCAGCAGCCGAAUUUGCAAAACGUAUAUCAAAUGUUAAUUCUAAAGAAGAGAAGCCUGACAGUGAAAGGGAGCGAGGAAGGCGUCCCAGUGAAAGAUCUAGUCAGCGGGAUAGAGACCGAAAUGAUGAAGAUACCUAUCGCAGCAAAGAUGAGAACAAGACAACAGACAGAGAUAGGGAGCGAGACCGUGUUUUGGAUAAAGUAAAAACGCCAGACAACAAAAAGCUGUUGGAUGCGAAACAGUUGAUUGAUAUGAUUCCCAAGACAAAGGAGGAAUUAUUCUCAUACGACAUAAAUUGGGCAAUUUAUGAAAAGCAUGCAUUACAUGAGAGAAUGAGACCGUGGAUUUCGAAAAAGAUAACAGAGUUUUUGGGGGAAGAGGAAACCACUCUUGUCGAUUACAUAGUUUCGAGUACUCAGGAACACGUAAAAGCAUCUCAAAUGCUGGAGCUGCUUCAGUCAAUUUUGGAUGAAGAAGCUGAAAUGUUCGUUCUGAAGAUGUGGAGAAUGCUUAUCUUCGAAAUAAAAAAGGUAGAAACUGGUCUAGCUUUCAGAUCAAAAGCAUGAGUUAAGUUUACAAUGCAUGUCGGCUCCCAUUGGUGCUUUCUCUGUACCAAUAUUUUUCACGGCUCUGAACUUUCAGGCCAUUUCUUGAGGUAAUAGGAUCACAUCUCUGUUGGGAUUUUACUCAAUUGUAUGCUUUAGAUUCAUUCUUUUUAGUAUUUAUAGUCGAACUUUUGUCUCCAUGAGAGGUUGCACUUGUAGCUUAACAAAACAAAGAAAGAAAACUUUCCUUUUUAAAC